AUAUUACGUAGAAUACUUGGGUGACAUCUGCCUGAGAGAUCUCCAAGAAUUACAGAUUGAGUCUCGCUCUGUUGCCCAGGCUGGAGUGCAGUGGUGCAAUCUCUGCUCACUGCAACCUCCGUCUCCUGAGUUCAAGCAGUUCUCCUGCCUCAUCCUCCUGAGUAGCUGGGAUUACAGAAGACAAAAAUACUAAUGCAUUUGAGAAAGCGGUAGUUUUGGGGGGAGGGGGAAAAAGCAACUGCUUUCCAGAUCUGCAACUUGGCUGGAUGCUAAGAUGUCGGUGGACAUGAAUAGCCAGGGGUCUGACAGCAAUGAAGAGGACUAUGACCCAAAUUGUGAGGAAGAGGAAGAAGAAGAAGAUGAAGACCCUGGGGACAUAGAGGACUAUUACGUGGGAGUAGCCAGCGAUGUGGAGCAGCAGGGGGCUGAUGCCUUUGAUCCCGAGGAGUACCAGUUCACUUGCUUGACCUACAAGGAAUCUGAGGGUGCCCUCAAUGAGCACAUGACCAGCUUAGCUUCUGUCCUAAAGGUGUCUCAUUCAGUUGCUAAACUUAUAUUAGUUAAUUUCCACUGGCAAGUUUCAGAGAUAUUGGACAGAUACAAGUCCAAUUCUGCUCAACUGCUUGUUGAGGCUCGAGUUCAGCCUAAUCCAUCAAAACAUGUUCCCACAUCCCAUCCCCCUCACCACUGUGCAGUGUGUAUGCAGUUUGUGCGAAAGGAAAACCUACUCUCUCUGGCCUGUCAGCACCAGUUUUGCCGCAGCUGCUGGGAGCAGCACUGCUCAGUUCUCGUCAAGGACGGCGUGGGCGUGGGAGUCUCUUGUAUGGCUCAGGACUGUCCACUCCGUACACCAGAGGACUUUGUGUUUCCAUUGCUUCCCAAUGAAGAAUUGAGAGAGAAAUACAGGCGCUACCUCUUCAGGGACUAUGUGGAGAGUCAUUACCAGCUCCAGCUGUGCCCUGGUGCAGACUGCCCCAUGGUUAUUCGGGUACAGGAGCCUAGAGCUCGCCGAGUACAGUGCAAUCGGUGCAACGAGGUCUUCUGUUUCAAGUGUCGUCAGAUGUAUCACGCACCCACAGACUGUGCCACAAUCCGGAAAUGGCUCACGAAGUGUGCAGACGACUCUGAAACAGCCAACUACAUUAGUGCUCACACUAAAGACUGUCCCAAGUGCAACAUCUGCAUUGAGAAGAAUGGAGGCUGCAAUCACAUGCAAUGCUCCAAAUGUAAACACGGUGAGUUCCAAGCUUGGUGUGUAAGGCCCAGUGGCACUUUCUUGUGGUUGGGUCUCCGUUACUAUUUAAACUUCUGCUGGAUGUGUCUAGGAGAUUGGAAGACUCAUGGCAGUGAAUACUAUGAGUGCAGUCGUUACAAGGAGAAUCCUGACAUUGUGAACCAGAGCCAACAAGCCCAGGCGAGGGAAGCCCUCAAGAAGUACUUAUUCUACUUUGAAAGGUGGGAAAACCACAAUAAAAGCUUGCAGCUAGAGGCACAGACAUACCAGCGGAUUCACGAGAAGAUUCAGGAGAGGGUCAUGAACAAUCUGGGGACAUGGAUCGACUGGCAGUACCUACAGAAUGCUGCCAAGCUCUUGGCCAAGUGUCGAUACACCCUGCAAUACACCUACCCAUAUGCAUAUUACAUGGAGUCCGGACCCAGGAAGAAGCUGUUUGAAUACCAGCAGGCUCAGCUGGAGGCUGAGAUCGAAAACCUCUCAUGGAAAGUGGAGCGUGCAGACAGCUAUGACAGAGGGGACUUGGAGAACCAGAUGCACAUAGCGGAGCAGCGGAGGAGAACCCUGCUGAAAGAUUUCCAUGACACCUAAGUUGGGAUGUGGAUGUGCCGGGGUGAGGAAGAUGUGGCUGCAAGGUCUCCCAGCUGCCAUACUGCAUGCUGCAGGCUCUGCCUUUCAUGACCCCAGGCAACAGCCAGGGCCCCACUCCUGAGAGACACUGGCAACACCUCUUAGUUGAUUUCUGUUUUCUUCUCUUUUCACUUUUUGUUUCUACCAGGGUAGAGGCCAUGUUGAACUGGCCUCUUUUCAGGACUUUUAUUUACCCCUGGAUGGUUGUUGGGAGGGAGGGAAAGUGUUUUCUGAAUGGCUAUUAAUAGUAUUAGAUCAUUACAACUUAUGUAACUUUCAAAGGUUGUACAAUUAUACAAAAAAAAAAAAAGGCAAACUAUAGGAUAACACAGAGCCCUUUUUGAAAAUAAAUUGGCAUUGGAGUGUUUUACCCUCUAGCUGUUUUACUUAGAAUGUAACAUAUGCUGCCUACCCACCUCAAAAUGUCUGUACUGUAAGAGGGCCCUGGGCCUCUGCUUUCCAUAUUCACGUGUGGCCAGAGUUGUAGUCCCAAAGAAGAGCAUUGGUGGCAGAUGGUAGGGAAUUGAACUGGCCUGUGCAAUGGGCAUGGAGCACAAGGGGUCACAGCAUGCCUCCUGCCUUACCGUGGCAGUACGGAGACAGUCCAGAACAUGGUCUUCUUGCCACGGGGUGUUGUUGUCUCUGGUGGUGCUGCAUGUCUGUGGCUCACCUUUAUUCUUGAAACUGAGGUUUACCUGGAUCUGGCUACUGAGGCUAGAGCCCACAGCAGAAUGGGGUUGGGCCUGUGGCCCCCCAAACUAGGGGGUGUGGGUUCAUCACAGUGUUUCAUUUUGUCUCCUAAAGAUAGGGAUCUACUUUUGAAGGGAAUUGUUCCUCCCAAAUAAAUUUGCUUUACCUUGGUCCUUUCUUUUGUGCCAGUAUUCAAGUGGUAUAGCUCUGAGCAGGGUCACAUUUGGCCAAACCUGACACUGUCUUGCUGCACUCUCCUUUGGCAAACAUCAGGGUCAGAAUUCAGGAUAGCCCUCCCUAGGGCACUGGACUUUCUGGCAUGGGGGCUGUGUUUGCACAAGUUAUUUUCAUGUUACCUGGAGCGUGUCCAGAGGCUGCUCUGAGGCUGAGGUGUGUUCCCCCUUGCCUGGUUCCAGCUGUCAGAGGGAUACCAUCCUAGGGUCUGGGAAUCCAAGGCCACGGGACUCCUUGGUUUGUGGUCCGAGAUCCUGUACUAAGGAGGGUCUGGCCAGAGGAACAGACCAGCUUUUGCACAAUGAAGCGCGAGGGAACAAGUGGUUUGCCUGGUGUCCUACCUGUCCUGAACCUGGUCCUGUGGGCCAUUGAAAAGUUAGAUCUGUGAUCUCUGGGGUUUUUGUGGCUUUGUUCAAUGCUUCCACUAUGGGGCAGGCAGAGCAGUCUAUACUCUCCCAAGCCUGCUUGACCUCCAAGUAGAGCUGAUACAGAGAUCUGUGAAUAUUGUGAUAGAAAUUCUUUGGUAUUCAUACAUUUCAGCUGCAAGUCAGCAAUUUCCCAGGUACCAUGUAAGCUAUAAAACAGUCAUUCUUAAAGACAGAGGAUAGCUGUGACUCAUGGGAUCAUGAGGUCCAUGGCUGGUUGCAGGUUCCCUUUUUCCUUCCUCAGGUUUUGUCUCUUCCUGUGUUGUCCCCAGCAAGGGAGAGACUGUGGGGUGGAUUGGGAGAACAGAUUAGGAGUAUAGCAAAUGAACCCAGAAUGGAACAGUGGGGAGCUAACUGUGAAUGAGGAGAGUACCUGCUGCAGGACCUGGAGGUCAGGUGUGAAUGCUGUAUUGGCACAGGGAAUAAAUAUCCUGGCGUCUGGAGCCUUCACCUCUCCGUCAGGUCCUUCCUGUGAUACUGCCAUGGCACAGGAUCUGAGUUGCAGCUCUGCACCCUAAAUCACACCCUGGGCAUUGUCUGGGCUGCAGGGCUGCCAGGUUCUGUACUUGUGUCCAGCUGUGGCCCUGGAUGCUGGAGCUGGAGGGUUUUCUGUGCUCAGACUGUAGCCUGUAGCUCUUGGCCUGUGUAGAGCCCCCUCCUGUGUCCCCAGUGGCUGUCGUUUGUUAACAUCAUCAGGAAGAUGGGAAAGGUCAGGCAGAAUUUUUCUGCCCUACAAAGGGUGGAAGAGAAAGGACACAGUAUUUUCAUGAAUUUACCAUAUAUCUUUGUUUUUCUUCAACGAAAAAGUUAAUUGAGGCAAUGUCAUCUGCUCAAAGUUGAGUGGUUUAUUCACAAUAAACUGUAAGUUUCUGAUUAUAAAAA